AUGGUAUAUUCCACUGCCAGUCCAGGAGCUCCAUCAAUUUCCUUUGCAUGUAUUGCUUGCUGCAGGCGAUACCCAUCUGAGGAUCAAUACUAUGACCACAGGAAUACUAAGAUCAAAUCUGUGGAUGCAGAUGGGCAUAACAGCACUCAGCAUUGUCAGGAAGUUCAGUGUUUUGCUUGUCCCUUUUGCUACCUCCUUUUCAACGUAAGGGAUCAAUGUUUGCAGCACAUGUCUGCAAAGAAUCACUUUCAGCAAUCUAUUAAACUAAGCGAAACAGAAGAUACUCCAGCUCCUAUUCCUAUUCCAGCAUAUGCUAAGAAGCUUCUGAUCUCCUUAUGCAAAGAAAUUCCCUUCCAGAUAAAGUGUAUAGCUUGUAAGCAGGUGUUGAACUCGUACAUGGAGGUGACGGCACAUUUUAGAACUGCAUGCAAAAAUGCCGGCCCAAUAGCUGUCUCUCGCAAAAGUGUUGUCCAGGUUGCUGAGGUAUUCAGAAUAAAGGGGCAUUGCUUAGGUUGCUCCAGACUCUUCACAGGUGAAAGUCGGAUGAAAAGCCAUGAGCAUCUAACCCGGCAUAAAGUUGAGGUUGCAUCUUCCAUGGAGAAGGCUGUCUUGCUAUUCUGUGAUUUCUACGAAAGAAGCAAGGAUCCCCCUGACCUUCGCUUGGUAUUGAAUAACGUCAGACCAAAAUCCAUUACGCUUAAGAGGCCCCUGAAGCAAGAAUCUGAUAGUAAAGGUUCUGGGGCUUCCAGUGCAAAACACAUGAGAGCAAGUGAAGGCAAAAGCCAAGAAACAGUCUCACUUGGGUCCAGAUCUGUGGUGUCAGCCUGGUUCUGUGAGUGCAACCAGCAUUACAGCACAGAGGAGGAGGUUGACAAGCACAUUAUUGCGAUUAACCAGAUAUUCUACAAAUGUGCAGUUUGUGGAAAGCAGGCUGGGGAUCCGGCAGUCAUUGGUUUACACAUGAGCUGUUUUCACGGUGGGGCCCACCUGAACAACUUCCUUUUCUGGUGCCAAAGUUGCAAGAUAGAAAUGCCUAGAAAAGAGGAUAUCAUGUCCCAUGUGAUGGACUUUCAUGGCGGCCAUGGUUUUUACUAUGAGAAAGAGGUUCUUGAACUGCCUCCUUCUUCCACAUCUACAUCAUCAACUACCUUUUCAGAACAAAGCGGUAGGACAGGACAAGCUAGAAUACCAAGGCCAGCCACCUCAGACCCUGCACCCAGUGGCAAAUGGCUGUGCAGGAUCUGUGAGGAGCUGUUUGUUUCCAAACAAGCUGUAUAUAAUCACUGCAAAGAAAUGAACAACCAUAGGUUCCAAAAGUAUGUCUGUGGUCACUGUAAGCAGCGUUUCUUGAAAGUGGAAACCCUCUAUCAUCACUUUCAGGAUGAGCACAAGGGUGAGAUUGAUGUAAAGUACUUCUGUGGGCUCUGUGAUGGCCUGCAAUAUGAUACGCAAGAUGAAUUCCUAAACCACUACCAGUCAUACCACAGCAAGGAUUAUGUAUUUGUGGCAGAACUAAAUGAAUCUCCACUCCAAAACCAAACAACUACAGACCCUGAAACCAAAACGUCCUGUAGAUGCAAGGUGUCCUGUUCCAACAAGUCAGAAAAGCAAUUCGCUCGCAAAAAGUGCCUGGAAAACCUGAUUCAACAGAGCAAGCUGUGGUUCCAAUGUAGCUUAUGUAUAGCAACAUCACAGACUCUGGAAGCCAUGCAAAACCACACAAAGAUACAUGGGUUCACGAAGAACAAAAGAAAUGAGAGGUGUGAGAAACCUGCCCAGGAAGAGUCCAGACAUGAGUUUCCAGACAUGGACUAUCUCAUGACCACAACACACAUUUUGUUUGUUGAUCUAGACAACUGGCCAUGCUUUUUCAGUCGUCUGCCAGGAUACUUAAAUCAGGGCAUAUUUGUUUGGGGAUUUCAAGGUGGGAAGAACGUUUGGAGGACACCAGACAGAUGCAAAGUCUACAAUUAUCUUGUGAACGCUGGAUGUUUCUUUCUUCAUCCACGGUGCAGUGAUAGAAAAGAUGCAGCUGAUUUUGCCAUCUGUUUGCAUGCUGGCCGACUUGAUGAACAACUGCCCAAGCAUAUUCAAUUUACCAUUCUUUCUGGAGACAAGGGUUUUCAUGAGUUGGAGCUGCAGUUUCUUCAAACCAUGCGGACCGCACAUAUCCUUAACCCUCACCAGCUAGAAGGAGAGAUGAUGUGUGCACUGCUGAAUAGCAUUACAGACAUUGGCAAAGGUUUGGCUGCGGAAGAGAGAGGAUGA